UAUAUGCAGGAGUUACAGCAUCGAAUCCAGUUAGUGAUUGAUAUGUGGGGGCCAAGUGGAACUCAGCCUAAUUCGGAGACAAUUUAUAAAGAGGAAAUGGGGAAAAUCAGAAAAGAUAUUGUUGAUUUCCACGGAGAAAUGGUGCUUUUAGAGAAUUACAGCAAUAUCAAUUACACAGGGCUGGCGAAAAUAUUGAAGAAAUAUGAUAAGCGAACAGGUGGAGUAUUACGCUUGCUGUUCAUCCAGAAAGUUCUGGAACAACCCUUUUUCACUACUGAUAUCGUUUCAAAGCUGGUCAAGGAGUGCGAAAGUCUUAUUGACGCGUUUUUCCCAGCCAAAGUAGAAGAGAAGCAAAGAGAAUUAGUAAGCGAGGCUGUAAAUUUGGGCCGUCAAGGAAUAUUCAGAAACACAGUCGCGGCUUUGAUGACAAUGCAAGAGAUUAGGAGAGGAAGCUCAACUUACAGUCAGUUUUCUCUGCCGCCUCUCAACUUGCCGGACUCUCAACAUCAUGAUCUUGUUCAGUUGAUCCAGCUCAACCCUUCCAUACCUAUCGUCUAA